GUUGUAUGUAUUCGCUUAGACGGUGGCUGCUGUAUCGUUCGCAGGAGAGUCAGAACGCCCCAAUAAAACAAUCCUUUUAUUUUAAAUAUAUCUCCUGCCAUUGAGGAAUUACAAUUCGAAGGAGCAAUUCGUUCCUUCCGCAGCUGAAGUCAGUCAUUUUCUGUGCAGAUUGAUCUGGAGAUCUCAUUACUACAUCAGCUGCUCCAUGUCCACAUCUGGAGCAGGUCCGUCAUCCAGCAAUAGAGUCCAACACCAACAGGGCUCUAAUAGCAGCAGUGGUCAGACUGAGGCUAACGGGAAUACAACACCCUCACCUCCUCCUCAGUCCUCCACCAACCCAGCCACCACAGCUACUCCACCUGUAAAAGAAGCCAAAGAAGCUAAACCUAACCCCAAGAUGUCUAAAGCACUCAGCACGUCAGCCAAAAGAAUACAGAAAGAGUUGGCAGAAAUCACACUGGAUCCCCCUCCAAACUGCAGUGCUGGACCCAAAGGUGAUAAUUUGUAUGAAUGGGUUUCAACCAUUCUGGGUCCUCCUGGAUCAGUCUAUGAGGGUGGGGUCUUUUUCCUUGACAUUCACUUCUCUCCAGAGUAUCCAUUUAAACCACCCAAGGUAACAUUUCGGACGAGAAUCUAUCAUUGCAACAUCAACAGCCAAGGUGUUAUUUGCCUGGAUAUCCUCAAAGACAACUGGUCCCCAGCGUUGACCAUCUCCAAAGUGUUGCUGUCAAUUUGCUCGCUAUUGACGGACUGCAACCCCGCCGAUCCACUUGUCGGCAGCAUCGCCACACAGUACUUGCAGAAUCGAGAAGAACACGAUCGUGUUGCCCGGCUCUGGACCAAGCGUUACGCCACGUGAUUCUUUUUGUUUCUUUCCUAAUUUUUUCAUUUCUUAAAAAAAAACUCCCCUUUGAAAAAAAUCUGUCAAAAUCCGCCACAACUCAUGGAAUUUUCUUUUCUUUUUUUACAUAAAAAACAACAUCCUCAUUUGA